CGACCGCAGUCAGUCUGCCGUCGGGGCCCGGUGAGUAAGCAGCUCUUUCGCAGAGCUCUGCCGUCACGCACGUGACAGCUCCUGCCGAGGGCCUUCCUCUCUCUGGUUCACUCGCAAAAACUUUCCCAAAGUUUCGUAUGAUUUCUGGAGAAUCGAUUCGCCACGGAACUUGUUGCAUUCAUGAGUUGACGAUGCUCCGCAUUUUCAUUUUUUUUUUUUUUUUUUACUGAAUCAAUAUUUGGUGCUGUUUGAAUAACCAAGGUUACAAAGUGAUAUUUCUGUGUCUUUUUCAUCCGCGUUAUAAGAACUUCGUCAUCGAUAUAUAUACAUAUAAAAAACAUUUUUCUUCAGUGUUGUCUUUCCUGACUUAUAUAUUUUUUUCCAAUGAUGAAACGUUCCUUAUCGAGCUUUACUCCCUCAUAUAACUGGAGCAGUUAAUGAUAAAAAUAAUAUGGUAAUCAUCAUCAAAAACUUUGAACAAUUUGCUCAAGACAAAAAUGGUAGAUAGCCGAAAGUUACCGAUGCCCACACGUCCGUGCCAAUGUUAUGGAAUUAGAAAAGGAAUGACGACUCUUCUUCACUAAGCAGAUUAUAAGGUUACAGAGAAUCCAAGACGGGAAAACUGGCAGGAAUUAGCGUCGCACGAGGAGCCCUUUUUUUCCCCCGUUCACCCAUGAAACUGCCCGAAUAAAUUCGAAACCAUUAAUGAACUCAAUACGACACCGACGACGAUGAGUGAGAGUGAGAGUGAAGUCGGAGUGAAGGAGAGGAAUGCAUUCUUACUCAUCUCAGCCCCAGACAUGUGAGUGCCCCUUUCCAUUCCCGACCUGUGAGAGCGAAACGGUCCCCCAUCAUUCCUACGCCUUCGCAUGUCUGACCACCCCGAAAGAAGCCCGAACGCACCAUGGACAACGACACGAACCUAGACGAAGCUUUCGCCAACUUAGACGACAGUUUCACGACCCUAGACGACAACAUCACGCGAGACGAUGGCCUCGUUUACCUGGACCUGUGCGGCAACAAUGUCUCCCAGGGCAGCGGCAAUUCCAACGUCUCCAGUUUCCACCGUUACAUUAACGUCAGCGAGCAGUACCCCUUGGAGCUGGCCAUGCCCUUGUAUGGGUAUGCCAUGCCCUUCCUGCUCAUCAUCACGACCAUCGCGAACACGCUCAUAGUGGCAGUGCUGUGGCAGAGGCACAUGAGGUCACCCACGAACGCCGUCCUCAUGGCCAUGGCGCUCUCAGACUUGCUGACUGUGGUGUUCCCCGAACCCAUGUUCUUCUACAUGUACACCCUGAACAACCACGCCAAGCCGCUGUACCCACCGGCGGCCUGCUAUGCCUGGAAUUUCUUCCACGACCACAUCCCCAACCUCUUCCACACAGCUUCCAUCUGGCUCACAGUGGCACUGGCCGUGCAGAGGUACAUCUACGUUUGCCAUGCACCUGUUGCGAGGGUCUGGUGCACCUUGCCCCGUGUGAUCAGAGCCAUUGCCUUAAUCUUCGUAUUAGCCACCAUUCACUUACUGCCUAGGUUCUUCGACACGGAAUAUGGGCCCAUGAAGAUCGAGUGGGAGGGCCAGUGUGUCCUGGUGUGCAGUGAAAACAUAAGGUCCUGGGUGGACCUCAUCACGCAAGACGUUUACUUCGUCACGUUCUUCAUGUUCCGCGUGAUUUUCGUGCAUCUCGGCCCCUGCACGGUCUUGGUGGUCUUGAACGUACUUCUGUACAGAGCCCUGCGAGAGGCCCAGAAGAGAAGAGAAACGCUUCUGAAAGAUAAGAAUUCCAAGAAGGAAUGCAACAAGCUCUGUGAUGCCAACUGCACGACGCUCAUGCUGAUCGCCGUCGUGUCCGUCUUUCUGGUCACGGAAAUACCCCUGGCAAUUAUCACAGCCCUUCACAUUAUCAAUAGCAUAGGUCUCGUCACCAUCUUCUCCCCAGACUCCUAUUUCAUGGUGUCGUGUUUCUUCAUCAUAUCGAACUCGUUCAUCAUCUUCUCAUACCCCAUCAACUUCGCCAUCUACUGCGGGAUGUCGCGCCAGUUUCGGGAGACCUUCAGGGACCUCUUCGUCAGGGGCAGGCAAAUCAGCAGGGACGACUCCACGCGUUACUCCAUGCUCAACGGGCCCCCUCGGACCUACACGUCGGAGACGGUUGUCUGAGGCAGGGCUGGGCCAGCGGAAGGGUGCGUUCUCAAAAAGGGUCAAAAUAAGCACGGACACCCUUCCACUGGCCAGCAGCAGCCUAUUUCUCAGACCUCAGAUGCCCAGAGUGGCCUCCACAACGGGACCCGAACAACAGUCUCCAGCAUUUUUAACCCAGCCCCUUCCGAGUCGCCGUCGCUGCAGGAGUUCGAAGAGGAGGAGGUGGUGCCCGUCAGGAAGGUGGUGGGGGGAGAGAACCUGGUCCUCAGCACCACGGAAAUCGGGCUUUGCCUUCUGGAAACACCCGAGAGCAGCUGCCUCACGGGCAGCACAGUGAUAUCGCAGAACUCCAUAGGUGAUAAGGAAAACCACAAGGACGUUGCCAACCUCCAGGAUGGCCACAAAGCGGACGGUCGAAAGAGUCCUGCCCCUGGGGCGUUGAGGGUGCAUUUCAAAAGUUCCGAAUCCUUAGAGAACUGUUCCCCCGAAUCCUCCUCGACGAGCGAGGAUCAGGCCAUAACAGUCAUCAACGAGACUGUGUUGUAAGGACGCGCAUUUUCUCACUUUCUCUCCUCCUACUCAACGCCAUAACCUGCAAUGAAAGGUCUCCGCCGUGGACUUCCUCAAAUUAAUGAGACUGGAGGCAGCGAGUUCCCUAAUCGAACUGGAAGAAGACGAAGACGAUGAUUCCAUGAGACGUCAGGGAACUCUUUCACAGCUGCGUCCAACAGGAGAAGACUUACUGCAACCCAAAACGAAAUGAUGCCCACGCGCGGACUGAACGCAGCCACUCUGGUUACUAACAGCAGCAUCCACUCUACCUACCCGGGUGCCUUUUGGGUUCGCUAACAACGGAUGACAGCAUCGACGCAGUAAAAAUAUAAACAAAACAAACACCCUCCCUGGAAAGUAAGAGAUAUUUCUCUACUCCACUCAACGGGGACAGCAAUGAAGCUCAUUUCGACUUUACCACAUUCUUUAUUUUUUAUUUAUUUUUCAUUUUUUUUACCGAUGAUGUUGUGUCAGUGUUACAAAAUAGUUUUACAUAGAUGAGAAACUGUGCGGGCUAACACGCCCUUGAUUGUACGAAACGAUUCCAUGAAAUUAGUCCGUUGAAGUUCCACGCAAUGUUCCUGGAACGCGGCCGAUCCUCUUACUGACUUGGCUGGAGCGUUUCUCCAGCAUCAAAUGUUACGCAGUCAAACAGGCUUAUUAAGUAUCCUCGUAGAUGAAAUGCACCUUUAGGUAACGUGUAACGUUGUACACUCCCGUGUAAUUCCUGUACGUGCCACAGAGAAAAAAACGUUCUCAGACGGCGUGAUUCUGUAUUUCGGUUAAACACUGUGAGAGAGACGAGUACGUACUACAAGGUCACCUAAGGUCACCUGGCAUGUACCAAAAGCAUGACGAAGUCAACUUGUGCGACUGGGAAUGCGUGUGUGUUAGUGUGUGCGUGUCUCUGGGACAUUCGAUGACGGUAUCUGUCACUGCUGUGGUGUUUGCUGUUUCUUAACGAAUAGAAAUACAUGUACAUAAAAUGUUAGACUUCCAUCUACGACGUUCAAGUUUCUUUUAGACAGCUACUUCAUACGUGAGAAAUAUUAAGCAGUGAAACAGGCAAUGAAUGAUGUCGCUGAUUCGCCAAGAAUACUAAAAUAUCUGAUAAAUUGGGAAUAAUAAUUAAAAAGAAUUUGGACCGUGUGAUUCUUCUUAGUAUUUACAUACAUCUUUGUGAGUUCUGACUACAGUCCAGACUUUCUUCCCCAGUCUGUGAGUUCUGUCCACAGUCCAGGCUUUCACUAUCAGCAAAAUAACUGUUUCCGAAAAUAUUUCACUGCACUGAUCAAAUAUCUCCUGAAUAUUUCCCAUUGGAAAGCUUCAACACUGUUCUUUUACCUAUCACCUGCAUCAUUCGAUAGUUUAUCUAAAUCAUACGAAAUGAAAAGAUGGGUACUUAAAAGCCAUGGCACAGGUUACCCAUUGGACCGAAAAUGCUUUUAUCUUCAAACCAAUUAAAAUGGACAGUAAGUAACCCACAGAGAAUCGUGAUAAUCAGCGACAGUAAUCUUCCAAAUUCCAUAAAUCCCUCAGAGAGAGAGAGAGAGAGAGAGAGAGAGAGAGAGAGAGAGAGAGAGAGAGAGAGAGAGGUGUGUGUCUCAGUAUGGGUGGAUUCGGUGGGUAGGCUGGGAGAGGGGGCGACGCUCCCCUCCCACCCCCAUGAAAUUAAACUGGUCAACCCUUCAUACGUAGCUGAGCCCCGUUUGCAUGAAGAGCUAACCAGUUUAGCCAUCUCAAUUCCAAAUAAAAAAAAAAGAAUGCUGUUCAUAAGUACUGUUCAAAUCGCUGUUCACGAGCCACGAAGACAGAAAAGCUGGCUGGCCAGAAGCAGCGAUGCCUCGGAGAGGUCUUCGUGUCCUUGAGUGUGAAGAUAGACCAAAUAAUAAAAAUAA